AUGUCCGACAGCCAAAAUGGCCUGACUCCCAGUCCUCCAACCUCUGGCAGCGCCGAUUCCAGUCCCACCGAACAGACACGCCCCCGUCGCAAACGCUGGGCUCCCAAGGUCAAGACGGGCUGCAUCACAUGCCGUGUUCGUCGUGUCAAGUGCGAUGAGACGAAGCCGCAUUGCAAGCGCUGCACUGCCUACGGGUAUGUUUGCGACGGCUACGCAACAACCCCAGGCCUCCCAGUCUCCGCUGCCCACCAAAACCACAACACCGUCCGCAAAAGCGCUGCCGGGUUCGACCCUCUUCAUGUCGUCCUGGACGGGCGAGUAGCGCCUCCUGAGUGGGAUUUUAUGGAAUCCUGUCGAUACUAUAUCGAAGCCAUACUGCCUAUGCGCCAGCGCGACCUUGAUUAUGCUCAGCAAGGUGCCAUAAACCUGUCCACUCGCAACCGCCCAGCAUUCCUUCUAGCCAUGACAGCCCAUCGCAUUGGCCUCAUAAGCAAUGCCAUUGAUACACUACCCCAUCCUUCCCAAAUGACUUCCAUUGCGCCUCUCUGGAGCAAACUUCACUCCUACAUGGUCCACAGUAUUCAGGAAAUCAACACCUACAUAGAAGGCAGAUCUGCCUUUACCAAGGUCCAGGCCCUCCUCCGUAUCAGCGACCUGCUGAGCGUUGAGCUCACCCUCCUUGGCACCGCCUGGCGAGCUCACAACUCCGGGUUCCUGACCCUUCUCGACAGCUGCAACAAGGCCCAGAUAAAUCUGCCUUCAUCUCCAAUUAUGGCGACAAUCACACAAUUCCAGAUCGCCGUCGCCGUAGUUGCCAACACGACAAGUCCGGCUUCCAACCAGAUUCACGAGCUUGACUUCUACACUCUAGAGGAGAUAGCCAACUACUUUUCUGUCCAAAUAUAUGCAGAGCUGCCUUGCCCGACCGAGCUCUUUCUGGAAAUGAUGCGCAUCACGAAACUGCGCCGGCUGGCCAUGACUUCACGCAACUACUUCGACGCCAUUACCCCAGCCCUAGACGCCAUUUUAGCACGCAUCCAUGCCUUUGAUCCCGAAACAUGGGACGAGCCCUAUCAUGUUCCUGACCAGCCCGAGUUUUUGCUGAUGGCGCGCGUCUUCAAGUGCUCGAUUGCACUGUAUGCCAACCUGUCGUUGCCCCCGCCAACGUCGCAGUCAACACCCGAGGUCCUGAAAUCUUGGGCUUCGCGCAGAAUUGCGCUCCGCGAGGAGUUGCUUCAGCUGAUGCGCGAGUCGUUUGCCAUCUUGCCGUCAAAGGCCGCACUGUGCUGGCCUGUGGCCGUUGCCGGCGUAGCGGUUGCAGAUGGAUCCGAGGAGGAUAAGGUGUUUAUUGUAUCAACCUUCCAGACCGAGCAAGACAAAGUACCCGAGUGUUGGUACGUACCCAAGUUCUACAUCGAGAAGCUGCGCGGAUUCUGGGCGUCGGGCAAGCUUGGCUGGGAAGACUGCUGGGAUGAACCUUUUGCACCCAUGGCAUAG